AUGCCGGACCAUUACGCGAAACAAGACAUGACGGAAAAGCCCAAAGCCGCCUCCCAGAUCAAGGGCGGCUCCAUAUUCGACAGGCUGACGGAUCCGAGCACCUAUCAGGCGUCCCACCGCGCUCGCUUCAACGAUCGCCCUGAUGUGAAGCACGACCACAUCAAGCUCCAGGAGGCAUCCAACAUUAACAAAAAGCACGAUCCCGUUGCACCGACUGUCAACCGUAAGCCUGCAGGUACCGAGGCAGCACACACGGAACACCCGACCUCCAGUAGAGACAAGCCAAAGGCUGCGUCCCAGGUCAAGGGCGGGUCUAUAUUUGAUAGGUUGACGGACCCGAGCACUUACCAUGGAACCCACAAGGAGCGCUUCAACGCGGACGGUACCGGGCGUGGUCUGGCUGGCAGAGACUCUGUUGCAAAGGGUUCCGGAACCGUUGGCGGGCGCGUCGGGGACUUGAGUUCUCAAGUGAGCCGUAAGUAG